AUGGCGGCCUCAACGGGGAGAGAAUCGCGGGCGAAGAAGAUAUCACUGGGGGUUGGCGGUGCUUUCGUGGAGUUGCCAGUGGAACGAGCAGGUUGGGCGAAUCCCAUUGAGUUUGUUCUAUCCUGCAUCGGAUAUGCCGUUGGGAUCGGCAAUGUUUGGCGUUUUCCCUUCCUCGUGUAUCGUAAUGGCGGAGGUGCAUUUCUCAUCCCCUUCGUUCUCAUGCUGAUAACAAUGGGCCUGCCGAUCUUCUACCUCGAGCUCUGCAUGGGUCAGUACACUGGCGUCGGACCGGUCGAGACAUACACCCGGAUCUCGCCCGCAUUCCGCGGCAUCGGGCUGUGCACCCUCGUUGUAAUCGCCCUUGUAACCAUCUACUAUAUGGUCCUAGUCGCAUGGACACUGUUCUACACAUUCGCCUCCUUCUCACCGCGUCUCCACUGGGCUUACUGCAACAACGACUUCAAUACACCCAACUGCUGGAGUGCUCUAGACAACGAAGAAUGCCAGUCAAAGAAUUCAACCCUCAUAUUCUUCAAUCAGAGUUGCUCAGCGAUAUCGGAUGUAUGCCAAAAGUUCAACCAUCCGGAUGGUGGUAAUACCACUCACUGUUACAAUGGAACCGAAGUCACGGCAAUGCGUUCCCUCUACAAGCAGAUCUUAUCCUCCGAGGAGUAUUACAAUGAUUACGUACUGGGUAUACGAGGUGCAACUUGGGAGAAUUGGGGCGGAAUGAGAUGGGAGCUCUUUGGAUGUCUGACACUUGCCUGGAUUAUUUGCUACUUGUGUCUUAUACGAGGCGUCCAAUCUGUCGGAAAGAUCGUAUAUUUUACUGCCCUAUUUCCGUAUUUUGUAUUGAUUGCACUCUUUAUUCGAGGUGUAACGCUCGAUGGAGCUGGCGAUGGUGCCCUGUGGUUCAUCACACCAAACUGGUCUACCCUUCUGAAUGCAAACGUUUGGGGCGACGCAGCGUCGCAAAUCUUCUAUUCCCUGGGUAUCGGCUGUGGAUCUCUGAUCACGUUAUCGAGCUUCAGUACGUUCACGAAUAAUUGUCACAGGGAUGCGAUAUUCGUCUCGCUCACCAAUCUAUUCACAUCGAUAUUCGCGGGAUUCGUCAUAUUCACGAUCAUGGGAUACUUGGCGAAGCAGAUGAAUAUGCCGAUCGAGGAGGUUGUAAAGAGUGGACCUGGACUCGCUUUCGUUGCUUAUCCGGAGGCUGUUGUCAGAAUGCCGUGGCCGAAUCUCUGGGCUUUCUUGUUCUUCUUCAUGCUGUUUAUUCUCGGACUGGGAAGCCAGUUUGCAGGAGUUCAGGCGAUAAACACAGCUGUACUGGACGUACGUCCGAAUCUCCGGAAACACGAGAGCCUAGUGAUCCUGUUUAUAUGCAUCUGUGGAUGGCUUUUAGCACUGCCAAUGAUCUUUGAUGGUGGUAUAUACAUGUACACACUGAUGGACUGGAAUACGGCAUCUUGGGCGAUACUACUGAUUGGAUUUGCCGAAGUCAUAGUGCCAGCUUGGAUAUACGGUUGUGAUAAAUUUCUCGGCAAUGUCGCGGAAAUGAAAAUGACGUUUGGCAAAAUUAUGUACAAGUACUGGUGGCUCAGCUGGACAGUGCUUGCACCAAUUACAACGGUGGGCGUCUUCACCUACCAGAUGAUCACCUACCUUCCACCGACGUACGGUGACUACGCUUUCCCAUCAUCGGCGAAUGUCAUCGGUAUUCUGAUCGGUCUGGCGACACUGGCACCUCUGCCGUUAUUCUUCCUUCAUAGUCUAUGGAAAGGACCGCGUGACUGCAGUUUAUUUCGUCCAUCGAAGAGCUGGGGACCAUCGUCGAAAACCGACUGGUGAAAUUCAAGUGGAAACUGCCCCUUGCAGUCCGCCACCGCGUUACCUCCUAUUUUUCCCUCUUUUAUUCACUUCAAACGAUCCUUUAGUCUCUCUGCUCGAAUAAAAAAAUCCCGUGUGCACUUGAACCACAAGCGAGACACCGAUACGUCUUUGGUAAUAAAGAGUCUCUGUUUUUGGUUUUUUCCUCUCUUCGUUUUUCUCUCUUCACCUGGGAGGAUCACGCGGUCGAGAGAGUGGACUCGUUACUUUACGAGAGUAUAGAUAACCGGGACAUGUCCUUUAUUUUUUAUUUUGUGUUUCCUUUGAAACUUGGCCAGCCGUAAGUGCCCACGUUGUACCAAUUUAGCCUUUUAAUUGCAAAAGGCGGGCCACUUGUUUUUUAAGGGCUUCGGGAUUGUAAUUAAGAGGACGGAGGAGAUUUAUUUAAGAAUUUUUGUAUUUAUU